CUCGCGCUGCAGGAGGACGGCAGGAUGGCGGGAGGACGGCGGGGUCUCGUGGCCCCUCAGAACACCUUCCUGGAGAACAUCGUCCGCCGGUCCAACGACACCAACUUCGUGCUGGGGAACGCUCAGAUCGUGGACUGGCCCAUCGUCUACAGCAACGACGGCUUCUGCAAACUGGCUGGUUACCAUCGAGCCGAGGUGAUGCAGAAGAGCAGCACGUGCAGCUUCAUGUACGGAGAGCUGACCGACAAGGAGAUGACGGAGAAGGUUCGACAGACCUUCGAGAACUACGAGAUGAACUCCUUUGAGAUCCUGAUGUACAAGAAAAACCGGAUGCCAGUGUGGUUUUUCGUGAAGAUCGCUCCGAUUCGGAACGAGCAGGACAAGGUGGUCCUGUUUCUCUGCACCUUUAGUGACAUCACCGCCUUCAAGCAGCCAAUCGAGGAUGACUCUUCAAAAGGUUGGGGUAAAUUUGCCCGUCUGACUCGUGCGUUAACCAGCAGUCGAGGCGUCCUGCAGCAGCUCGCUCCGGCGGUGCAGAAAGGAGAGAACGUCCACAAACACUCGCGGCUGGCGGAGGUGCUCCAGCUGGGCUCAGACAUCUUGCCUCAGUACAAACAGGAGACGCCGAAGACGCCGCCGCACAUCAUCCUGCACUACUGUCUCUUUAAGACCACGUGGGACUGGGUGAUCCUCAUCCUCACCUUCUACACCGCCAUCAUGGUCCCCUACAACGUCUCCUUCAAGACCAAGCAGAACAACGUCACCUGGCUGGUGGUGGACAGCAUCGUGGACGUCAUCUUCCUCGUGGACAUCGUCCUCAACUUCCACACCACCUUCGUCGGGCCGGCCGGCGAGGUCAUCUCCGACCCCAAACUCAUCCGCAUGAACUACGUGAAGACGUGGUUCGUCAUCGACCUGCUGUCCUGCCUGCCGUACGACGUCAUCAACGCCUUCGAGAACGUGGACGAGGGGAUCAGCAGCCUCUUCAGCUCCCUCAAAGUGGUGCGUCUGCUGCGUCUGGGCCGGGUGGCCCGAAAGCUGGACCACUACAUCGAGUACGGCGCGGCGGUGCUGGUGCUGCUGGUGUGCGUGUUCGGGCUGGCGGCUCACUGGCUGGCCUGCAUCUGGUACAGCAUCGGGGACUACGAGGUCAUCGACGAGGACACCAACAGCGUGAGGAUGGACAGCUGGCUCUUCCUGCUCGGGGAGACGGUGGGGACGCCGUACAGGUUCAACGCCUCGGGCUCGGGCCGCUGGGAGGGCGGGCCCAGCAAGGACUCGGUCUACAUCACCUCGCUGUACUUCACCAUGACCAGCCUGACCAGCAUCGGCUUCGGGAACAUCGCGCCCAACACGGACGGCGAGAAGAUCUUCGCCGUGGCCAUGAUGAUGAUCGGAUCGCUGCUGUACGCCACCAUCUUCGGUAACGUCACCACCAUCUUCCAGCAGAUGUACGCCAACACGAACCGCUACCACGAGAUGCUCAACAGCGUGCGCGACUUCCUCAAACUCUACCAGGUCCCCAAAGGCCUGAGCGAGCGCGUCAUGGACUACAUCGUGUCCACCUGGUCCAUGUCCAGAGGCAUCGACACGGACAAGGUGCUGCAGAUUUGUCCAAAGGACAUGCGAGCGGACAUCUGCGUCCACCUCAACAGGAAGGUGUUUAAGGAGCACCCGGCGUUCCGGCUGGCCAGCGACGGCUGCCUGCGCGCUCUUGCCAUGGAGUUCCAGACCGUCCACAGCGCGCCAGGCGACCUCAUCUUCCACGCCGGCGAGAGCGUGGACAGCCUCUGCUUCGUGGUGUCUGGGUCACUGGAGGUCAUCCAGGACGACGAGGUGGUGGCCAUUUUAGGUAAAGGCGAUGUGUUUGGCGAUGUCUUCUGGAAGGAGAUGACGCUGGCGCAGUCGUGCGCUAACGUGCGGGCGCUGACCUACUGCGACCUCCACAUCAUCAAGCGAGACGCGCUGCAGAAAGUCCUGGAGUUUUACUCCGCCUUCGCAAACCACUUCGCCCGAAACCUGGUGCUCACCUACAACCUGAGGAAGAGGAUUGUCUUCCGGAAGAUCAGUGAUGUGAAACGUGAGGAGGAGGAGAUGCUGAAGAGGAAGAACGAGGCUCCUCUGAACCUCCCACCGGAUCAUCCGGUCCGUCGGCUCUUCCAGCGUUUCCGACAGCAGAGGGAGGCGCGGCUCGCCAUGGAGCGAGGUGAUCAGGCCGCCGGCGAUGUAGAGAAAGGAGUCACCUGCCUGGAGCCGUCCAGAGGUCCUGAGGUCCUUGCCUCAACCAGUAUAGUCAUGGUGACGGAGAGCUCCACAACACCCACCACCUCCUCAACAUCCUCCUCAACAUCCUCCGGGACCUCCAGGACCUCCAGCCGAGUCAUGCUACACGCUCCCGCCACCCAAAACGGAAACCUGGUCGGCUGCAAAUCCGCAGAGCCGCCCAAAGCUAAAGGCUGGGGUCGAUUCAAGGAGUCUGUGGUGAAGGCCGAGUCAUGGAGCAGCGUCUCUAAGGCCGAGUCCAUGGAGACGCUGCCCGAUAGAACUAAGUCUCAGGACGAAAUGUCCCUCAAGAAAACCGACUCCUGUGACAGCGGCAUCACAAAGAGCGACCUCCGUUUGGACAAUGUCGGCGACGCCAGGACGCCGCAGGAGCAAAGCCCAGUCCAGUCUGAGGAGAAGAGGGUCUUCUGCCCGAUACCGGAGCAGAGCAUCCAGGCGUCUUUCCUGGAGCUGAAGCAGGAGUUGAGAGGAGACAUCCGAUCUCUGAACAGUCGCAUGGCAGCGCUGGAGACUCAGCUGGCUGAGAUGCUGCGACUUCUCAAAUCCAGGAAGUCGUCGGGCUCCUUCUUUGAGAUCUCACGGCCUCCUUCCCCUGACUCCGAUAAGGACAGCUUCUCCUAAACGGGGCAUGGAGAUGGUCCGCAGGAACUUGGCCUGUUCAGCCUCCAGAUGUCAGAGAAGAGUGCCUGACACAAAAGCACUUUGUUACGUUCGUAGUGUCGCUCUGUGAGAUGUCACAUGGCGUCGAACUGAAAAGAGAAUAAGGCUGAUUUUUACUUUUUAGAGUCGUGACAGUCACGAUGGCACCUUUGGACCUCAGGAGGGUUUAGACCUUUAUAUGAUUUUGGCAAUAAUACGAGAUGGCUUUAACGUUGUUGUUUCAAACGGGGCUUUUGCACUGUGAUGAAGGAAACAGCGUUCUGACGGUUGAUUUGGCUGCUUUGACUCAGACUCGUGCGUUCUGGUCCACUCCAGUCAAGUGGACAGAGGAUGGCGUCCAUAAUGUCACGUAUCGUAGGCUGUUUUUUCUGAUUGCACUGCAUGACAUCAUAUCGAAGCAUGGCUCUGUGAUUGGUUGUUGAGAUCUAAAGACGGACAUUCAGUGUCAGGAGGCUGCUGAACUCGUUGAAGGACAUUGUGGGCCAGGUAUUUGGUCAAUGGUUUGUGUUUGUUGGGAUUUAAGACGGAAACAGCAUCAGAAUGUCCCCCUCCUUCAUGCAGACUAAACACUGUGCGUACAGAUUUGGAUGUUUGGGACUGGUAGCGUUUUUAUAUCCAGAAUGAAUGUGAAAAAUGUUACGCAGCUCGGAGACAGCGAGACCCUAAAUGUGUCUUACGUUUAAUUCCUACGCAGAGCUGAACAUUUGAUCGUUUAGUCUGGAUUCUUAGCUUUUAUUUUAAAAAAUCUGUGUAUGCAUGUUUCCAUGUUGAUAUUGCUCAACAGGAACCCAAUCGCUUCGGUGUAAAAGAUUGAACAUGUUGGGUGGAGAUCUGAUCUCUGCAGCUGCUCUGAUUUAGUGGAAUAUGUUUUAACACAUUGUACAUUUACUUUUUAAUUCAGGUGUUUCAGGAGAUGGCUUCAUUUAAAAUUAGACGGUAUGUUGCUAAAGUAAAGUUACUUGAGAUGUCUUGCAAAUUAGGUAGAUGGGUGAAUGGACCUGUCAGUAAAUAGUUGAAAGGAUCAGGUGAAGGGAAGCAAAGGAAGCUUAAGGAAACACUGUGUGCUUUCAUUCAUCUUGUGCGUUGUGUUAAAACUUGCGUUUCGGACCUGCCAGAAACCCGUCCAAUCGUCCGACAGAUGUUUUGUCCAUCAUUCAGAUGUUGUGACCUCAAACUGAACGUCAAAGAACAACCAGUGCGACAGAUUCAUCCCGAUUCAGAAAUUCAUCCAUUUAGUGUCUGCUUCUUAAAGUCAAGGAAAGGAUCCUUGAAGGGCUGCAUUUCAAGUAUGCUAUGUCAUCAAAUCCUGCUGAAGGAUUUUUCGAUGUUUAGGACCCUUCGAAUUUUUCCAAAGACCGAGUCCUUCAUACAGACAAUUUGCAAGGAUGUCUGUGCAUGUCCUCAGAGAUCUUAAGCAGCCACAAUCAAUGUGAAGGAUGCAUCGGUCCUGUACCCCGAUUUGGAAAAUGUGCAAUGAAACUUUUACUUAUUUCUCUUCAGCAGCCUGCCAACAUCUGCUUCUGAACAAAUUUGAGAAAGAAAUGGGCGAUCUAGUUUCUGAAUCUUCACUCAUAUAAUGCCGGUUUGAAAAAUUUGUUCUGACUUUCAUGAGGUGAGGGAGUCGAUGCGUUGUCGGUCCUUCAUUAUGCUUGUCUUUUACAGGCGGUGCAGAAUGAGAGAGCAAACUGACGGCAUUACAAUGAUGUGAUAUGCCUUUAAAUCUGAGUAUCUUCAGUGUCAAGUCUGUAAAUUUGUUCUUAUCAAUCAAAGGGAAGAAAGAUUUAUUGAUGCCGGAACAAAUCGAUGCGCUGACAGUACGGUCUCCUCCUGCGAGCAAACCGGUGCUACAUUUCAGUAAAACGGUUGAAGAGCUCAGUUGGUAAAAUCACGGACACCUUUUUAAAAAUUGCAGCACAGAAUUGAAGGCAGGACCUUUUCGAGCAAGUCUGUCAGUUUUUGUUUUCCGAAUGUUCGGAAGCUGUCAAACCUCUGCAGGACCCCAUUCGGAGGGACCCAUCCUGUCGAGGAAGCAUCCUGGACUUUGAGAAGUAUCUUACUGUCAGACUCAGGAGACGGCGGACAACAUGUUGACGCGCCGAGGAAGGACUCGUCUUUUAUUCUGGCUGCUUGAAAUGGCAGAGAGAGAUGGAUUAAGGUGAUUUUUUUAGAUGGAUAUGUGUCUAAUUACUGAGACCGUCACCUUGAGAAAGGACCGUAAAUCCAGAGCUGUGAGACUUUAAUGAAGCCGGUUGAGAUUGUCUGCGUUGGACCUGCUGGAUGAUUGUGAGGCGGUCGAACAUUUUGAGGAAAUAUUGGAAUCACAGGACUGUUCACAUCUAUCCCUAACUGGACCGGACUCAGCAACGACUUAAAACUACUACAGCGAGGUCUCCGUGUCCUCACCUCUGGACAGAUGUUGUCCACAGAACUGUGACAGCGGCGAUUGUCAUGGAGUGGCCCAGAGAUGGCGUUUUUCUGUAGGCCAAUGCGGAGGUUAGCUUCACCGUGGUUCCCUCAUCAAAAACCUUUAAGACCGUAUGACGAGGGAACCAGAGGUGCUGAAAUGCUAAUGGACCUCCGAGUUUUAGGACUCAUUCCUGGUUUUCUCCAUUACUGGCGCAUUUUGCGUUUGAGGAAGGGCUGUCAAACAAUUAAUUUCUUAUAUUGGGAUUCAUUGCAGAAUUUCCAUUGUUAAUUGCUAUUAAUCAAAUUUUUAAAUUGCAUUUUUUUAAUUCAGUUAUUUUUCAGCAGUUUUGAAGUCCGCGUUGUGAAACUUAAGCAAUUUUUACCAGAUUGUUUUGAUUAGAAAUUAAAUGACCUGCAAAAAAAACCUGCAUGGGAUUAGCAUAAAGGUUAAAGAGGAGACUCAUGGGUACCCACAGAACCCGUUUUCAUUCAGAUAUCUGAAGGUCAGAGGUCAGUGGAUCCCUGUGAAAUGGCCAUUGGUCUUUCUAUAUCCUAAAAUUUGGAGCUUUAUUCCAGCUCUUUACUGAAGUUAGCGUGACACGGUUGGAUUCAAAACUCAGCUCAGAACAGCCUCUCAAAGACCGGAAAGACAAUAAACACAAUGUUAAAAAAAUAAACGUGUUAAUUACGGACCUUAAUGGCAUCGCUAUUAUCUGCUGUUACAGUUUGCUUAAAACUCCGGCUGUAAGAAAAGCCGAUGAAAUGUCUCGUUCAGUCUGAGGUCACGACAGCCAACAGACUCCCAGCAGAGCUGUGAUUGUCCACUUCGUCCUUUAGCUUUAGCGUCUUCAUCGGUGCCUCCAUCAAAGUCCAGCGCAGGAAACCUUAAUGAUUUUAUAUGCAACGUUUUGUCACUCUCCUCCGGUCGGGUUUACGGCCGACUCGUCUCGUCCGAUAUCUCGAUCACCUGCAAUCUGAAUGAAGUUUGGUCAAACGUGGAGGAGGCUGUCACACUGGCUGUCGCUCCUUUCACCUCCAUAAAUAAACCUCCGCCACAAAAGAGAUGCAUCCUGUCAGCAGGCGGGUUUCCAUUAACAAACUGCACAAACUGAAAUUGCAAAUUUGAAUUACACCUAAUGAAAACACAUUCUUUUAAAACAAAACUCACGUUUAUUGCGAACAAGUUUUCAUGCUAAUGAGGUGGUAUUUCGUUGUAAAUUUCGUCAUGUGGCUGCAGCGAGCCGGCGACUCUCCGAGUGGACGAAUUUAUGAUGAACCCGUCUGUCCAAACAAACGACCAAAUCUAGGAAAAGAGAGAGUUUCAGGUUAUUUAAGCACCUUCAGCGCUGGCUCGUGUUUUCCCGACUGAGCAGAAAAGUGUUUAAGCUCCCUGAACUUUCAUGACAUUUGUUAAAUGCAGAUUUCAGACAAACCAGAUUGAUCAUGUCAAAUAUCUUUUCUUUAGAGUGGAAAGUUCUGCAGCUUUAAGGGUAUUUUUCAACUUGGACGCUGUUUUUCCAUGUUUCUGUGUCACUAAUGGGAACCGUGGCUUACUGUGCGCAGACCCAAAAUGACCACAAAGACACAAACUAGGGUCA